AUGAUGUCCAGGACCCUGAGGCUGGCCCUGCUGGCUUUGGCCUGUGCUGUGGACCUGAGCUGGGCCAGUGGCUUCACAGAUAACGGCCUCUCGCUGCUGAGCUACCAGCUGUGCAGCUACCCAGUGACCCGAAAUGUCCAGAGGCUGCAGGAGGUGCAGGCCUCACACACAGCCUAUGUGCACUGUGGAGCAUGGAUCCCAUGGAAAAAGUGUCCCAAGACCGUGUACCGGACCCAGUACCUGCCGGUGGAGGUCCCUGAGUCCAGGAAUGUGACCGACUGCUGCAAGGGCUUUGAGCAGCUUGGCUUCUACUGUGUUCUGCCCCUGAACCGAUCCAGAGAGUUUGCAUCAAGACCUGGGGUCUGCCCAACGGCAGAACCAGAAUCAUCUAGCCCACCGUGCAGCUUGGACAUUGACUGCUCCGGACUUCAGAAGUGCUGCUCCUGGUCAGGGGCCCACCGCUGUGUGGCCCCUGCACCCACAGGUGCAGAGAGGAUCCCAGUGAGCUGGUACAAUGUGACUGUGUUGGUGAAGAUGGGCUUUGAGGACCUGCAGCGAGAGGACCCUGGCUUCCGGAACCACACACGCCUGCUCUACUCUUUGGUCACCAGUGCCUUGCAGCCUCUGAAUUCAUCUGUACACUACCUGAACUCCGCUGGUGGCACGGACAUCUUCACCACAGUGUCAUGGCUGCUGCUGGGCCUUCCACGGCGCUUGACGGUAGACAAUGUCUCUGCCACUUUGGAUGACGUGGUGAAUCGAGUCUAUGAAGUGGUCAGCAUUCAGGUGCAAGAUGUGAACGAGUGCUUGCACAGGGAGCUCCAUGCCUGCUCUGGAGGAGAGCAGUGUCUGAACAUUGAGGGCUCCUACCAGUGUGUCCCUACCCAACCGCCGAACCGCACAGAUGAAGGUGACACGGUGACCCCCACAGGAGGUGGACAGUCUGUAACAACAAAAGUCUCGGCCCCAGGUGUCACUGUGGAAAUAACAAGCCUUGGCCCAGACACCCUCACCUUUUCACCCAGUCCCAGGCACCCGAGGAGCACCCCAACAAGAAGUCAAGCCUGGACCCCAGGGCCUCCAUCUAAGAGAGGCAGUAGCAGCACAGCCAGGACUCCAGAGCCAACCCACGGUUCCCCUCCGAAGACCACAGUUGUCCCACUGCACGCCACGGGAGGGCCACAGGCAAACCUCACUGUAGACCCUCCCCUUGUGACUGCUUCACCCACGGGCUAUGUUGCAUGGCACCCCAGUCCCACUUGGGAGGCACCCCCUCCGAACUCCACAAGACUGCAGAAUGAAGACCCUCGCCCUUCCCUCUUCCCAGGCCUGCCAUCGGCUUCAACCCCUGUGGCUUCAGAGUCCCCUGCCUGUGUUCCUGGACCCAUUGGAAAGGUCACCGUCUCCAACAUGACCAGUACCGGCUUCUCCCUGGAGUGGUCAGCAGACAUCAGCUUCUCCCCUACCUUCUACCUCACUUUGGUCUCUCCUCGGGGACCAGCCGUGACUAUGGAGACCCGGGACAAUAACGUGAUCUUGUCAGGGCUGGAGCCUGGAGCCUUGCACCUGGUAGAGAUUGUGGCUAAGGUGUGUGGGAAAGAAGGUGCCAGAAAACAGCUGAGAGUGCGGACAGUGGCCCGGAAACUUGCUGGUGAAGUCCGGAUAGCAAACAUCCAGUAUUCAGAAUCCUUCCGAAAUGCCAGCAGCAGGGAGCACCGAGACUUGGUACAGCUAUUCUUCAGGAUGGUGCGGGAGUCCUUACCAGCCCCUCUGUGUCAGCACAUGGAUGCAGGCAGGAUCCGAGUGGACAUCAUCGACAUUACAAACGGCAGCGUCGUGGUGGAGUUUAAUUUGCUAAUAAUGGCAGACCUGGAUGUCAGGGAGGUGUCUGCCACCUUCCUCACGGCCCUGCAGAACACGUCGGUGCUGGAGGUGGACAAAGGCAGAACCUUCAUACAAGACUACAAUGAGUGUGAGAUGAGGGAGGAUGACUGUGAGCCUGGGAUGUGCAGAAACACCUUCGGAUCUUUCACGUGUAGCUGUGAUGGGGGAGACUCACAUGUGGAAUAUUCUGGAAGAUCCUGUGAUGGUGGCUCUUCUAGCAACACAAUCCAGACCCCAGGCCCAGAGUGGCCCCCUACCCCAGCAGGAACCAGAGUUGACCCUGUGCCAGAUGCCAGCUCCGUGCCCCAGGACCCACCCCCACGGCUGAACCUGACUGACGCGGUUGGAGUGUCCUGCGAGAUUGAGAUGGUGGUCAUUACCAUCCAGAAACGCUUCCUGCAGCAGGAAGCCAUACCCGAGGCCUCUCUGUACCUGGGGGAGCCCUCCUGCAACGUGAGCAACAGCAACAGCACGCAUGUCUUCCUGGUGGCUGGCUGGGGCCAGUGUGGGACCCUCGUGCAGAGCAACAUGACCAGCACAGUGGUGACGACCACACUGAAGAACGACCUGUCCCCAGAGGGUGUCAUCCACCACCUGCAGAUCCUCAGUCCCAUCCACUGCGCCUUCCGCAAUGACCUUCUGACCUCCUCAGGCUACACCCCACAGUGGGGGGUCUACACCAUCAUCGAAGACCUCCACGGCACUGGGAACUUCGUCACUGAGAUGCAGCUGUUCAUUGGAGAUUCUCCCAUACCUCAGAAUUACAGUGUGUCUGCCAGUGAUGAGAUCAAGAUUGAAGUGGGGCUCCACAGGCAGAAGAGCAGCCUUAAGGUGGUGCUGACCGAGUGCUGGGCCACCCCCUCCAGCAACGCCAGGGACCCAGUCACCUUUGGCUUCAUCAAUAACAGCUGCCCAGUCCCCAACACCUACACCAGCGUGAUCCAGAACGGCAACUCCAGCAAGGCCCAGUUCAAGCUGAGAAUCUUCUCCUUCGUUAACAAUUCUAUCGUCUACCUGCACUGCAAGCUGCGAGUGUGUAUGGAGAACCCCAGGAACUCAUGCAGGAUAAGCUGCAAUGACUUCCGGCUGCUGAGAAGCAGUGAAGCCGAGCACCAGAUGUCCUGGGGGCCGCUCCAUCUCUCUGAAGGUGAACCUGCACGUACAAAUCCAGGCCUGGGGACCCGUUACAUCAUUAUCAUUGCGGUAGCUGCAUUUACUGUGGUGGCAGGGGCUACGACCCUUCUGAUCUUGCGUUACCAGAGAAUGAGGGGCAAAUACAGUCUCAGAAUCCAGACCGAUGACUUCAGCUACCAGGUGUUCGCUCAGUAGACUACGCAGCUGAUCAGGAGACAGGGCACACUGUAAAUAAGGUC